AUGACACGAAUAUCCAUCGGCUCGCGUCCGCCUGUCCGAAUUCACCUUCAGGGUGAAGGAAGACAUUAUCUGCUCAGCAAGCGGUUUUGCCGGCAAUUUUGCAUCAGUUCAGUUGUCAAUAUGCUUGUCUUUGCGAAACGCGUCUCACCUCAUGCUACGGCUAGCUCCCUGCGCUUCAGAAUCUCAACUAGCAGGCCGCUUGGUAGAUCCCGUGCCUUAUCAACCUUGGCCGUUUUGGAACAACGAGAUGGCGAGUUAGUCCAAGGCUCGCUGAAUGCCAUCACUGCAGCAAAGAAAGUAGGAGGGACAGUUCAUGGGUUUAUCGCUGGUGUCAAUAUCUCCGCUGCAGCCCAGCAAGCUGCCAAAGUUAGCGGCGUUGACCAGGUUAUUCAAGUGGACAACAAAGCAUAUGAUAAGGGUCUCCCAGAAAUUCAUGCGCCAUUGCUAGCGGAGACUGUCAAAAAGGGAAACUACACUCAUGUUAUCGCUGGCCACACUGCUUUCGGCAAGAAUCUCCUGCCCAGAGUGGCUGCGUUAUUGGAUUCUCAACAGGUUUCCGAUAUUAUUGCGAUCGAAGAUGACAAAACUUUUGUGCGUCCUAUAUAUGCGGGGAAUGCUAUUGCUACGGUCGAAUCUUCAGACGCAAUCAAGGUCAUAACGAUACGCGGGACUGCCUUCGCUGCAGCUACUCCCGAGUCAGGAUCUGCUGUAAUCGUCGACGGCCUUGAUGGUGUUAGCGACCUUGACACCAAGUCAGAUUCGCUGACCCAAUGGGUAUCUGAGGAUUUGGCCAAAUCUGAUCGACCAGACUUGGCCACCGCGCGCAAAGUUGUGUCGGGAGGUCGGGGUUUGAAAUCGAAAGAAGACUUCGAUAAGGUCAUUUUGCCACUUGCCGAUGCGCUAGGGGCUGCCGUAGGCGCUUCGAGGGCUGCUGUUGAUAGCGGCUAUGCUGACAAUAGCCUUCAAGUUGGCCAAACAGGCAAGGUUGUAGCUCCUCAGCUCUACAUGGCAGUUGGAAUUUCCGGUGCGAUACAGCAUCUAGCUGGCAUGAAAGACAGCAAAGUUAUUGCUGCGAUUAACAAGGACGCCGACGCACCAAUUUUCCAGGUUGCAGACGUGGGCCUCGUAGGAGAUUUGUUUACCAAGGUUCCAGAGCUUACAGAGAAAGUGAAGAGCAAGUAA